UCUUCAUUCCUCUCCAUCUCUAAGUAGAGCCCACGAUGCCUGCCUUACCAGAGUGUUGGGAGAACUCUUCCCACCGGAGCCUCUAACCUCCUGAUGACAGGUGUGUCCUGUGUGGCAGGAAUCUUAGGGUCUGUGGCUGCUGUCGCUUAUUCGCUUGUUAUUUCCGAGGAACAAGUGAUCAGGUCACCAUGAGGACUCUGGAAUUCCCAGGCUGUCACAGCCCCAAACAACAGCCUCAUCUCCGCUCCUGGCCGCUAGAGACUCCUUCCCAGAACCCUGGCUAGCUGAUGUCACAGACAGGUGACCUCACUGCGGCAAAGGACCCGGGAAUCUCAGUGUCAUGGGGGUAGGGGGAGGAUGUUUCUCCACCACCCCAACCCCCCAUGUCUGUGGUGAAGUCGAUCGAAUUAGUGUUGCCCAAGGAUGCAGUCUACCUGGCCGGCUCCAGCAUAGAAGGCCAGGUGGUUCUAACGCUGAACAGCACCCUGGUGGACCCCAUGGUGAAGGUAGAGCUCGUGGGCAGGGGUUACGUGGAGUGGAACGAAGAGAUCGGGGCUUCCCGUGAUUACAGCAGAGAUGUUAUUUGCAACAACAAGGCUGACUACGUGCACAAGACAAAGACAUUCUCAAUAGAGGAUAAUUGGUUAAGUGCAGGCAGCCACACCUUUGACUUCCAUUUCAACUUACCUCCCAGGCUUCCUUCCACCUUCGCCAGCAAAAUCGGCCACGUCUCCUACUUCAUGCAAGCCUCGUGCGUGGGUCGGGAGCACAUUCUAGCAAAGAAGAGAAUGUACUUGUUGAUUCAAGGGACUUCAGAUUUCUGCAAAGAAAACCUGCUGCAGAACCCUCUGUCCGUGGAGGCCGAGAAGAAGGUCUCCUACAACUGCUGCCGCCAGGGCACCAUCUCCCUCCAAAUCCGGAUGGAAAAGAACACCUUCGCGCCGGGGGAGAAGAUCGUCCUCACCACGCAGAUCAACAACCGGACCAGCAAGUGCCUCAGGAUGGUCGUCUUCGCCCUGUACACCCAUGUGCGGUACGAGGGCUUCACGCCCAAGGCGGAGCAGCGGUGGCGGGUGGAAAGCAGCGAGCUGCUCCGCCAGGAGGCCAACACCCAGAUCACGCCCUUCGACACCACCACCAUCGUGAGCACCCUCAAGCUCCCGCUCGUGCUGUCCGUGAGCAGCCGCACGGGGAACGGCGAGCUCAUGAGCACCCGCUACGAGCUGGUCGGCACCGUCCACCUGCCCUGGUCCCUGACCUGUGUGAAGGCCAAGGUCCCCAUCACCGUCGCCAGUGCCCUGGUGGACGCCGCCAGCUGCCAGCCGCGGGAGGGGGCAGCGCUACCCGCCAGCCAGGACUGCCAGCCUUGAGUGCCCAGACUUCUAGGUAUUAAAAGCUUUAUUGGACGCCA